AUGUCUGGUGGAAUGGCUAUGGAAACAACUCCGUCUUUUCCACACGAUAAUGAGGAACAAUCAAUUAGUCACUUGACCAAAUUUGGUGAGUUUUUUGUCAGAAUUUUGUUUUUUUAGGUAACAUUUACAUGAUCUGUUUUAUAUUGAUGGGAAACUAACAAAGACGUUUAUAUAAAUUUGAAAAGAAAUUAAUUUUACUGUUUUUAGCUUUAGCAUGACAUUUAAAUUGUAUUUUUUAAAGGUAAAAUAUUUUAAUAUUCUGCAUUUUUAGUUACCAGCCCAAUUAGAGGAGAUGAAGACAUUAGAGAAAGAGAAGACUCCAUCAUCAAGUUGGGGAACUUGUUGGUGUCCAACAAGAAAACCCAUGAGUUGAGACAAAUGAUUGAGGAGACCAGACCUUUCUUGGUUGCUCUUGGCAAAGCGAAAGCUGCCAAGUUGGUCAGAGACUUGGUUGAUAUGUGCUUGAGGAUUGAUCAAGAUGGUGACAUCAAGAUCGAACUUGUUCAGGAGUCAAUUCAGUGGGCUGCUGCUCAAAACAGAAACUUCUUAAGACAAACUCUCCAGGCCAGACUCGUCAGACUCUACAAUGAUCUGGGAAGGUAUCCACAAGCUUUGCAACAAGGUAAGUUGCGUUUAUUUCCUGUGAUUUUUAUGUUUAGACGCAUUUUGAGUAUAAAUAUUUGAUUUUUUUGUUUAAAAAGGUAUUAUUUUAGCUACGGACCUUGUAAAAGAGCUCAAAAAGGUAGAUGACAAAGAUCUGAUUGUGGAAGUUCAGCUUGAAGAAUCCAAGGCAUGUUAUCAUCUUUCCAGCUUGGCCAAAGCUCGCGCAGCUCUUACAUCUGCUCGUACUACAGCUAAUGCUAUGUAUGUUAGUCCAGCUAUGCAAGCAGAUCUCGAUAUGCAGGCCGGAAUCUUGCACGCUGCAGAUGAAAGGGACUUCCAAACUGCUUAUUCUUACUUUUAUGAAGCUUUUGAAGGGUAUAACAUGAUUGAGAACACAAAAGAAGCAACACGGGCACUUAAAUAUAUGUUGUUAAGCAAGGUGAGUAAACUACAUUAUUAUCAAAAUAUUAGGAGUGGAAGUUGAAAAGAUUAGGUUUAUGUUAUAUUUUUAUAUAUGUUUGUUGGUUCAGGUUAUGCUAGACGCUUCUGAUGAAGCUACUAAUGUAUUGGCUCACAAGAACGUGGUAAAAUACAACGGCGAAGAAGUGACGGCCAUGUUAGCCAUUGCAAAUGCAGCUAAGAACAGAUCAUUGAAACAGUUCAACGAAGCCUUUGGACAUUACAGACAAGAACUUCAAUGUGAUCCAGUAGUCAGAAAGCACUUCAAUGCUCUCUCAGACACCAUGUUGGAGAAGGAGUUGUGCCGACUGAUCGAGCCCUAUUCUUUUGUUCAGAUCUCACAUAUCGCAGAGAGAAUCAGCAUCCCGAUCGAGAAGGUGGAGAAGAAGUUGGCUCAGAUGAUCUUGGACAAGAAGUUCAGUGGGUCGCUUCAUCAAGGCGAUGGCAUGCUGGUCGUCUACGAUGCUGAGGUGGAAGAUCAUACCUACGACUUGGCUGUACAAACAAUCAGAGCUAUGGGUGAAGUGGUGGAUGUUCUCUACAACAGAGCCAAGACCAUUCGCUAA